GCCAUGACAACGUCCACAUGGUCAAGCUGAACUGAGGCUGAGAACUCGCUCUUCUGUGCUGGUUUAGAUGAUAUAGAGGUACGCGUGCGCGUGUACUGUGUGUGUGUAUGUACGUAUGCACAGUACACGCUUAUAUUUAUAGGAAUACCUUGAACCAUGUCUGAUUAUCGACGGCUGCUGCUGCUCUGUGUCAAAGCUCUCUCAACGUUUGACCCCCAGCUGACUGGAGUGGACAACCAUCUAGACGUCUUUCUGACAUCCCCUGGAAACACGUUGAGCGAAGAAGCUGACCAGGCGUUUGUGGGUGAGGUGUUCUCUGGCUGUGCACGCUACCAAGCUCUCAUCAAGGUGGUGACUGAUGGCUACUAUGCUAAGGAGGGCAAGUCGUGUCUCAGAGCUGACUAUAACCUCUACUCAGUGAUUGUGUACCUAGUCAUGUUUCGACUGGAGGAGCUGGGUAUGGGUCACUUGAAGAAACUUCUCAAUACACAACACACAGGGAAAAUGCACAAGCUUUUGCAAUUCUUUUUCAAUGAUACUAAUCUGAAAGGAUGGAUCAAGCAAGAAUGGUGUAAAGUAUAUGAUGGGAGUUUUGUUGAGACAAACAUCAUCUACCCGAUGUCAAGGUUGGAUGUGGAGAUGAGGGAGUAUCUUGAGCAGCUGUCUGACAAACUGGCCAAUAAGGGACAGGCCAGGAGAGAGGGGAAGCCAGUCACAGAGGUUCAACCAUUCAAGUUGACCAAACCACAACCACGCAGUGUUCCUACACCGGACAGGAUACCUCUUUUAAAGGCAUUCAAACCAGUGCCCAAAUCCACAUACAACCCACCAGUGGAACGAAUUAGACUCGCUAGAGCACAAGAGGAGAACAGAAAGAGAGCUGAGCAAAUGCUACUGGACUCUGAUAGAUUGCAGUUCUCCUGUUCCACUGGUGACAAGUCUGAGAAGACCAAGGCUGGCAUGGAACAGAUCAUUGCUGAGAGAGAAGCCAAGUUGCAGUACAACCCAGUCAAGCCCACACCAUUGCCAUCAUCCAUAAAAGAAAUCCGUCCUGUGAAGCUGAAUGCAGUGGCCAUUUUGAGGGAAGGUGCGCGUGUGCAGAGAGUAGAGGAUGAGGAAGAGAAGAGAUUAGCCAGUCUAGAGGCUGGGGAGAAGGAUGCAUCUGAGUUCACUCGCUGGCAGGAGGAAAUGAAACAGAGAGAGGCUGCUGAGAAGCUAGCGGAUAUACAGAGGAAACAUUUGGAAGGACAACUGAGCUACGAAGAGGCAAUAAUCUCUAAGCAGAACUACACUCGUGAGAUGAGGGAGAGAGUGGGUGUGGUCAAGGAGCAGACAGACGAAAUGAUGAGAACGUACUUUGCUCAGCGGGCAGAGGAACAGCUUGAGAUGAGACAACUGGUCGAGGCCACGAUGGCUGGACAUCAGAGCACAAGAGAGGCAAGGGCAAAACUGCAGACCAUGAAACAAAAGAUGGUACAACAAGUGACUCUUGAGAAACAAGAGCUGAUGGCAAGAGCACUGGAGGAGGCGGAGGCUGAGAUGCGACGUAAGCUGGAACUGAUUCAGCAGAUCCGAGCCAUGGAGAGUGUUCCCAUUAUCAGGACAAAGUUUGUGGACUUCACAGAGACAGCUGGUCUGGGGCUACUAUCAGAAAUGUCUGUAGCAGAGCUUCGAGAGCGACUAGGCUUAAUGAAGAUCGCCGAGGAAGAGGAGGCAGAAAGAAAGAGAAAAGAAAUCCUCGGUACCAAACAGGCUAAAGAGCAGUUACUGAAUGAGACACUGGAGAACAUAUCACGAUUCAAGGCUGAGCAGAACAAACAGGCGGCUAUAAAGCGAGAGCAACAAAAGCAGUCUUUUGACAAGCAUCAAGCAGAUGUCAAUAGCCAGAAACUGUCAGGCCUCCAAGAAAAACUAGAAGCCAAGAGAAAAGAAAGAGAGCAGCUAAAGAAGGGCUCAUCUUUACCUUCUGCUAAAUCCAACAAGCCUUCUACAUCAACUAGUCGACCUAAGAACCAAGCCCUGAGGCCAACUCCAAGUACAACAACACCACUAAGCAUACUACUAAGGACAACUACAAAAGGCCUUGCUUCAUAGUCAAGAACUGACUUUGAACAAUAUUACUUUUUUAUCGCUGUACAUGCAGUUGGCUGUAUCACUUAUUGUCAGAGCAUAUUAUAUUGACAAAAUUUCCAUC